UCACAUCCCCUUGACCCUCCAAUCACCUCGGGGUCCCAUUUGAUUGGAAGGCGGCAAAGGCUUUAAUCUCGGACUAAUUCAGAUGCUUUUGAAGUGAACAUUUCUACCAGUUGGAGCUGCGGGAGUAGAGGGAGAGGACCUGCCGACUGACGCACUGAGGAGACGCAGCGCUCAUGGUGCCAGACGCGGAUCUGCGCUCUCCAGCCGCCGCCACCCUCCAGGAUUACUGAUUUUUCGACACUUUCCUUUUCCUUUUUUGCUGCUUAUUCGAGUUUUUUUCUCUCUUUUUUAAAUGAAUCUGAACAAAGCGUCGCCGUUUAACUCCCUGACUUGCGGGACAUGAGCACAUCGCCCUCGGUGUCUGCUCCGAAUAAUCCGAAUAAUAACAGCAGCGAUCGCCUCCGCGCCGCCUGGGAAAGCAGCAGUUGUCGGAAUAGCAGCUCCAGCCAGCCCGUCCUCCACCCAGAACCUCCGUCUGACCCAACACGGCAAGCGAAGCGACUUCCUAUCAAGGUUUUGAAAAUGCUCACCGCACGGUCGGGACACAUUUUGCACCCGGAGUACCUGCAGCCGCUGCCGUCUACUCCGGUCAGCCCGAUCGAGCUGGACGCAAAGAAAAGUCCGCUGGCUCUUCUGGCUCAGACCUGCUCGCAGAUCGGCAAGCCGGACCCGCCGCCCUCCUCCAAACUCUCCUCCGUCUCCGCCAAUGGAUCUAGCGAGAAGGAAUCUAAAUCCGGUCCCUUAAAGCUGAGCGACAUCGGCGUGGACGACAAGUCCAGCUUCAAGCCCUACUCCAAGCCCUCCGACAAGAAGGACUCGUCGUCCUCCGCGGGCGCGGAGAAGUCCGGUUUCCGAGUGCCGAGCGCCACCUGCCAGCCGUUUACGCCGAGGACCGGCAGCCCCAACUCCUCCAGCACCUCCGCUUCCCCGAUGCCGUCCGAGGUUAAGUGCAGCGAGCGGGACGAGAAAAAGGAGAGCGACUGCAACAAAGGCGGCUCUCCGGACGGCACCGGAACCACCAGUCACAGCAGGAUAAGCGUGAGUUGCGGUGGGAUUAACGUGGAGGUGAACCAGCACCAGGAGACCACGCACGGCGCGAAGGCGACUUCCACGUCGGAGGCUGUAACUUCGGUCAGCUCCGCGUCUGUGCUCGGAUCUGGACUUGUGGCGCCGGUGUCUCCGUACAAGCCGGGCCAGACUGUUUUCCCGCUGCCGCCUGCAGGCAUGACGUACCCGGGGAGUUUAGCGGGGGCUUACGCCGGGUACCCCCAACACUUUCUCCCGCACGGUGGGAGCCUGGUGAACGCGCAGCUGGCCGGCUCCCUGGGCUGCAGCAAGGCGGGCUCCAGCCCGCUGGCCGGGGCUUCUCCUCCGUCCAUCAUGUCCGCCAGCCUGUGCAGAGACCCUUACUGCCUGAGCUACCACUGUGCCAGCCACCUCGCGGGGGCAGCCAGCGCCAACUGCACCCACGACUCUGCGCUCAAGUCCAGCUACCCCCUCAUGUACCCCACGCACCCCAUCCCGGGGGUCCACUCCUCGGCACCAUCCUUCAGCGGUCACCCCUUGUACCCCUACGGCUUCAUGCUCCCCAACGACCCCCUCCCUCACGUGUGUAACUGGGUCUCCGCCAAUGGACCGUGUGAUAAGCGUUUCUCCACCUCGGAGGAGCUUCUGAACCACCUGAGGACUCACACAGCUUUCACCGGAGCGGAGAAGUUAAUCUCGGGGUACCCGGGCUCUUCUUCGCUGGCCAGCGCCGCGGCAGCAGCCAUGGCGUGUCACAUGCACAUGCCCCCGUCAGGGGCCCCCGGGAGCCCAGGGACUCUAGCUCUCCGGAGCCCGCACCACGCACUAGGACUCAGCAGCCGCUAUCACCCCUACUCCAAAAGCCCCCUGCCGACCCCCGGCGCCCCGGUCCCCGUCCCCGCUGCCACUGGUCCUUACUACUCCCCAUACGCACUGUACGGCCAGAGACUGACCACAGCGUCCGCGCUUGGAUACCAGUGAAAACUUUAUCAGAAUGCAAAUAUAAAAGACUUUUAUAGAAAUGGGCGGGAUCCGUGGACUGUAUUUAUUUAUAUUUCAGCUUAAAAGCUGCGAGAUGGAGUAAAAAAAAAAAAGAAAUAUUUGAGCAACUCAAAAGUGCAUUAAAAAUGAAACACACACACACACACGUUAAAUUCAAAAGUAAGGGUUUUGAUUGUCUUUGAUUGUAUUUGUUCUUAUUUAAAUGUCUCAUCGAGAAGAAGAAUUAUUAAUUUACAUGCAUGUUUGUUUCUUAAAAAAAAACAGAAAAACUGUCCACGUUAUUUUUCAGGUGUUGGAAAGAAAAUUGGUAUUUUUUUGUAUGUAUUCUGGAGAAAAUAAGAAACAGUUCUGUUCCAUAGAACUUCGUGUGCCUCAUUUUCUGAAUUGUUUCCAUUAUUCACGUAAUUUUAAGAAAUUGCUGCGGACGGCGUUGUGGUCGUCUUGCAAUAAAUUUUUGAAACGUAAAAAUCAAAAUCUAGAUUUAAACGCGUGCAAAAAUGGCUGA